AUAAUUUUUAUCAAGAAUCAAUAAAAAUUUUUAAUUAUUUGGAUUCAAUAAUUUUCUCGCAGACAUAAAAAAUCGUUUUGUUUAAAAAAGACCGCGAAUCACGUGAACAGCAAAACCCGCUCAAAUUUUUGGCAAGGUAAAUUGUAUAUUUAUAAGAUAAUUUCUAUUUUUGCAUCAGAUAUCCGCAUUCAGACAUGACCGCCAUUGUUUUCUUCGUCACACGCACCCAUUGAUUUGGGUUAAAAUGUUGUUGUUUUUGCAUAUUUUGCCGAUUCGUACAUUUGGUCUAAGUUCCAACCUUCUCAUCCAGCAGAACACCGAGUCUCUUCGCAAUAGUCAUUGGACAGCGAAAAAAGCCCGGAUGUACAGUAACAGCACAUAAUAUUUAGACGCCAUUUUGCCUGUACAAAAAUAACGAUAGCAAUGCCUGAUUGAUUAUUCGACAAGCGCUUGGAUCGGGAAAUAUUUCUGCGAGCUGAAUGUUUAUAGGACAAAGAUGAAGAAGGCCAAGAUGCCAGAGGACACCAAACUACAGCAUAUCCCACAACCGUCCGAGGCGGCCAAACUACCCCAGUUACCUCCCUUGUCCAUCGACACCAUGACACAGGUAGAGCUACAGGACUUUAUCCCUCAGCUGGUCAGCAUCAUGAUGUCCAAUAAGGCCGGCCUCCACAGGAAGAACUCGCGGCCUGACUGGUGGCCACUACACCUACCCUGGACGGGUACCAAGUCAGACCUACUGUAUCAACAGAGUAAUUGGUCUGAACCAUUGAGAGACGCAAUAAAGAAGUGUUACCGCCACAUGGGACAAGAAAAGUUGUUGCAGGUCAACAGGUGUGACAGCAAACAGACAUCCCUGCACGGUAAACCUGUGGACCGUUUGGACCCCUCCCCCAGCUACUACACUGGACCCUCCCCCCACAACCACAAUAAGAGGCCGUGCCAGUAUGCAGAGAUCUACAUCUGUUACUUCUGUGAGCACGAGUUCUCGGACAGGACUCAAAUGAGGGAGCACCAAGCCCUGUGUCAGGAGCGACCUCCCCAACUCCAGGAGGCCAUGAAGAUACCACCCCAGCCCUCUGACUCCACCCAGGGGCCCCCUCAAAUGAGCCCCAUCAAACUUUCCCUCAGUUAUAAGACCCCCAGGGGCCCCAAAGACGGCUUCAUCAAGAUGUUUAAUCUGGUGCCCAAACAGAAGGCAGACAAGAUUCUAGCGCGACACAGGAACAGCCUGGACGUUGAGUGUGAGGAGUUGGAUUACUCUGUACCGGACACGCCCAUCUCCCCCACAACCCCACGGACACCCAAGUCCCUGAUAUCGCAGCUCAGUCGAGAGGAAGGCCCUGCCUCCAGAAAGAGGCUCAGUUACUCGGAGCCUGGGGAUAACGAGGACCGGGAAAGCGUGAUCAGUGGAUGCAGUGAAGACGCAGAGGAGAAGGCGACCCAGAAAGGAAAGUCUCUUUUAGCCAUUGAUAUCUCCUCCCUGCUCGGACAGAGGAUUCAAAAACACGUCAAAGCAGACUCAUUUAUUCAGGUGAUUGGGGACUCGGAAUCAUUUUGCAAAACGCCAGUCAAAAACUCUUUCUAUGAAAAGCUACGCAACAGAACUAUAACCUUCCCACUAUCAUAUAAACCGCGGCGAAAACAUGAUGGGAAAUUUGUGCACAAGUAUGGUUUCAACAGCAAACAGAAAAAGGAGAUAAAGAAGAGGCUGAAGUCAGGACUCAGCAAAGAGAGUAGAGAGCUUUUGAGAAGUUUACCCAAGUGUUCAGUGGAUGUGGCCAGGCUUACAAACUGGGAACUCAGACGAUACCUGUCUAAACACUCCUAUAGAAAACUUAUGAACAUAAAACCCACAGCCAGUGUGUCUGAUUCAGAAUUCCCAAAGGAACCCCUUCUUAUGUCUAAAAAUGUGGAUAAACUUCUUGGUCUGAAGAAAAGGUCUGAGUUGAAUGAAACGAAGCUGAAUCAGUUGGCUCCAGUGAAUGUCGUGUCAGAGGACGCCAAUGCAGAGAUCACAAAGCAUAAGUUGACCCUGUACCGCUGUCUGUUGUCUGAUCUAGCUGCUGUGCAGUCCAAUCUGAAGAAAAACAAGACGACCAAGGCAAUCCAGCAGUCUCUGACACUCAAACUAAAGCAGACGCCAGCAGAUGGGCACAUCUCAGUGAAGAAAGAAAAGAUUGCGAUUCCUCCAGUAAAAUCCUCCACACCACUCAUACAACCCUCGUGGGUACCUCAUGGAAACAAAGUGAAGAAGAGACAAUCAGGGAAUCGGUCAGUCGACAACAUCUCCAUCAUCUCAAUUUCUUCUGAUGAGGAAUCAGUCAACUCCCGUUGCUGCGCGGCUUGUAGGAAGAAGAAGCUUGGCCUUUGUUCAGCGGACUUGUCUCUGAUGCCUUGCUCCUCCUCCACUACGCCGCCCUUGAGUGUGUCCCCCACAAGUUCGGUGUCCGUCACCCCUCAGGUCUCCCCCUGCAGUUGUAUUUCUUCCCCAGAGUCUGAAAAAUCUCUCGGUUUAAAUCUGUCCCCCACACCUGACCUAGUCCAGUGGCACGUUAAGUCUCGUACAUUUCAGACUUCCAAAGGCAAACCCAGCUCUAAACCCUUACUCAAAACGGCUAUAGAAACGCCAGUGUCGGCCUCGGUCUUUCAGAAAACAAGACAAAGAGAGAUGAACUCUCAAAGUAAGCAGAAUGUUUCAGUCUCCCAGAAGACUCCUGUGAAGAAAUCUCUCAGUGUGUCCAAACUAAGAACCUCUCCUAGAAAAUCAUCUCAACAGCAGCCAUCAGAGGGGGUUGGGCAGAGUCAAACCAAAGAAAAGAACAGAAGUAUUGAAAAAGAAGUAGCUCCACAGGAAAAUAGGCUUGGUGCCAAAGCAACUGUUUCCACUAAAACUUCAGCUGAAAAGUCGACUCCAGUUACAAAACAAACCAUGUCUCAAAAAACCUCACCCAGAAAAUCUCCCAUGAAAAAGUUGGACACCGGGAAUAAUCUGAUAAUCAAGACGAGAUCAAAGGCCGGACUUCCACUGAAGAGGUCAAAGAGAAUCAUGUCUUCAUCUGCUCAGAGCAGUCCCAAAAAGCCUAGAAUGGAUUCCAAGUAGAUUACAGGGUCGAUCAAAUGUACAGUGGUAUAGGUCUGUGCAAAAACCGUCAGGAACAAAAUAAGCUUUGCAUUACAUUCCUUUUGAAUGUGUUUGAUGAAGUUUGAUAAAGUAAAUAUGUGUUCAUCAUGAAUGGAAGAAAAGGACUGCCACUUUCAGACUUGUGUAUGUUACAGUUGGGUAUACUGUAUUAAUGACGAUGCAAUAAGAACCAAUAAUUCCUCUGCUUUGAUCUCGGUGUGGAAAUCUCAAAGGAUGAAAUAAGUUUGGAUCUUAAACUGAUCUUUAUUCAAAGCCAAAGUCUGUUACAUUUUACUGAUUUUUAAACUGUAUCUGAGAUAUAGGAUGCCUGUUAUUUUUUAACUGAGAGAGCUCUGUAAAUGAGAAUCAAUUGUCAUGAUUGUUCCUUGCUAGAUAGAUAGAAUGACUUUUUGUCAAUGAGAGAUAGAAUUGAUCUUUGUAUUUGAUAGCUUUUGGCAGCAAGAUAUUUGUUCAGAGAGCUACAUGAUCUGCUGCUGGAGAGUCUGUGUGUCUGUUAGAACUGUGUAUGGAACUCUGUCACUGUUAACAAAAGUGUGUUCAUUAGUUAGACGUAGUCAUUGUACACCACCAUUAGUAAAAUAGCUCUUUUUUUGUGUGCAAGAUCAAAUUUGUUUCUCCACUUGUUGUAUACCAUAUCCAUUUUCUUUCCAUGAAAGGUCCUUGUUUUGUGGAUACAUUUUUAAAAUAGUGCUUUUAUGAUGGUGCUCCAUUACGAGAGAGAGAGAGAGAGAGAGAGAGAGAGAGAGAGAGAGAGAUUGUCAUGGAACUGAGUCUGAUUAGGAAAAACUGGGAAAGAAGACUAAUUGUGUCUGUGAACAAUUUUUUUCCUGCUGUUUUCAGUGUGUGUAUGUAAAUGUAAACUGUGGAAGGAUCUCUCUUCAGCAGAUUGUUUUGUUUUUCUGCGUUCUCUUGACGUUGUUAUACAGUACAUUUGAACAAAUUGAAUUCUUCCACUAAUUUCAUAACGUUAAAGUGAAUGAAUAACAAAAUGUUGCCAAAAUCACUCAGAGAGUAGAUAUUUAGUUACCAAUUUUAAAUUGGGUCAUUUGUUGCUUUUAAGAAUCCUUUUUAUGUUAGAUUACUCUCUUUUUUCUGAAUUUAAACUGCAAUGCCAAAGUAGGGUCCUCAAAGGGGGAGUUUUUCCCUGGUUGGGUCUGGUAUACUGUAAAGCAACAUCUAUUCUCUUGCGAGAAAGUUUCAUGAGGUUCUUGAGAGCCUCGUUGUCAUGAAUAUUUCUUGGCCCGAACCACUCUUUGUCGCAUGGUUGUUACAACAACAAGACUGUGAAUAAGGCUUGGUCGGGAAAAUUAGUUGUCACAAACCACCUUAUCCCGAGUAAAUCAUGAAAUUUAGUCGCAGCGAAUAAUAGUUGGUUUACAGUAUUGUGUCAAAUCUGAAGAAAAAUUGAUUGAUAAGCAUUAAUUGAUCUGUUUUAAUGAAAAAUAUACACUCAUGCUUCCCCACCCUCAACAAUCAAAGUUGAUCGACUUCAGUGUGAUAGACUGUGAUGAAUGUUUGUUGAAGUUAUGUUCCAUUGUGUGUUAUUUUAUUGAGAUUAUCCGUUGUAGAGGUUGUAAGGUGAUUGUACACAUGUAGCUGGAUAUCUGUUCUUAUGUUGGGCAUUACUGGUACUAGUUGUCUGUUUCUGUAGUCACGAGUGAUUCAUGCGCUUGUUAGAUUUUUUUUGUGUAUUUCCCCUGUAUUCCCCCCCCCCCCCAUUAUCCCUUACAAAGCUCCACUUUUUCUGUGGACAUAAAGCUGACAUUUUGUUUCAUUUAUUGCACACAAAGUGUACCAUUCCUCCAUGAUCCUCUCAUGUACCAUUAAAUGUUACAGUCAUAUAUCAUCAUGUACCAUUAAAUGUUACAGUCAUAUAUCAUCAAAAGUUCCAUAAGAGUAGACGAGGACUCUGAGGAGUGAAUGGGUGUGUAAGUCCUUCCAUUAACAACUCUGUACAUCCUGUCGAGUGUACAACUCGCUAUGUGAUAACGCAUCCUCUUGGUGCUCUGUAUAUACUAGGCAGAAUCAUGACAGCCAGGUCCAUGAGAUAUGUCCACCCCUAGCCAUUAGCUGCCGACAUCUUAUCUUCAAGAACUCUAACAUUUCUGAGUGGUAGAAAAUAUUAUUUUUUGCAUAAGCUUGUCAAUAUGGUUAUAUAUCAUAUGAUUAUAUUGAGUAAGUAUCUGCCAUUAGAAGGUGGUUAAGAUAUAGAAAAGUUCCAGGGUGUUGUUUUUGUACAAGUUGUGUACAAGAAAACUAACUUGAAUUGUAAGUUUAUACUGCAUCAGUAGUUGCCAGUAAUUCUGUAAUAUUUUGUACACCCACCAUCCAUCAUUUGUAAAUACCAUUGUUUGAACAUUUGCAUGCAUUUUUUCAUAGAACAAAGCCAUGUGUUGAUAGGUUUAAAAUAUUUGUGAAAAAAGCUUAUUUUUCUAUUUCCUGUAUAUAAGUGUACAGUGAAUGUGUCCGAGUUUCUGAGAGGCUUCAAGUAUAAAUACUCCCGUGCCAUAGGGUUGUAACCAAAACAGAGGACAGCUGUGCUUUCAUAGAACAUCAAAUCAUUUCUAAUCAUUCACUUCAGUAUUUAUAUCUCCAAUUUCCUUUCAUGGACUUGUGUUUAUCAUUUUUACCAGAAUAAUGUUCCUCAAAAUAGAAGGAGGUUUGUCACAAAUUUCAUGAAUCGUGAUUAGAAAAAGAGGUUUGGAGUGGGGGGUGGAGGGCUUAUGGUAUAGUUUUUGGACAUGGGGAGGUGACCUAAAAGUCAACAUCCAACCACGGGAUAGAGGAGUCAUUAUUUGUUUCAUUUGCCAUUCAACAGAGUAGCCAUAGUUUCAUUUUGUUUGAUGAACAACAGGGAAGAUUGAUGCAUGGGUUUUGGUUUAUAAUUAAUUUGGCGUACUUGGCAAUUUGGAGAGAGUGUGGUUGUUAUGUUCUGUAAUUGCAUGUACAAUCUGUUUUUCAUGUUUUAAAAAAAAGUUAUAUGAUGCAGCAUUUAAUCUUGGGCCAUAACAGACAUAAUAUCGUAAUCGUGAUUAAUCAACUUCCCGCAUUCUUGUGUUGGUCAUCAUAGGUGUCUGGGUGCAAUAAAAUCUUCUUCCGAGAUCUCCAUGACUAUGCUAGAAAACAUUCAGUCCUGAUGUAUUCAACCAUUGUUCACUGGUUUCUGCUCCAUUUUAAUUAUUUUCUGUUUUACUGAUUUUAUAUCUAAAGGAAUUUUUAGUUUUGAAUUAAACUUUUGUUUUACAAAUGUAUGAAACAUUAACAUGUUAUAUGAAAUUUUAGUUUUGUCAUCAAAUACAGGUAGAUUGUGUUUUUAACCAUUGGAAUAUAUUGACUUAUCAACCUGAUGUUAUACUGUAGAAGAGUGAUUGCUUCAUCAAGAAUAUAUUUUUAAUUAUGAACUCUCAACAAAUUUGCCUGUUAUCAAUUUUAACUGCUUGACAAUGUCUGCUCAGAAUAAAGCAGCUGUCGUCCACUCUAA